GAGAGCUACAGUGCUCUCAUUCCUAGCCACCUCUCAAGCCCUCCCUGCUUAACGCGCUACAGGCCUCCAACAAGACGACAGAAUGGCAACCCCGCCCAAGAGAAGUUGCCCACCGCCUGCGACCAGUUCUGAAGGCAUCCGCAUCAAGAAAAUCUCUAUCGAAGGGAACAUCGCUGCAGGGAAGUCAACAUUUGUGAAUAUCCUUAAACAAGUCUGUGAGGAUUGGGAUGUGGUUCCUGAACCUGUUGCCAGAUGGUGCAGUGUUCAAAGUACUCAAGGUGAAUUUGAGGAACUGACAACAUCUCAGAAAAGUGGUGGCAAUGUUCUUCAGAUGAUGUAUGAGAAACCUGAACGGUGGUCUUUUACCUUCCAGUCGUAUGCCUGCCUCAGUCGAAUACGAGCUCAACUUGCUUCUCUCAAUGGCAGGCUCAAAGAUGCUGAGAAACCUGUAUUAUUUUUUGAACGAUCUGUGUAUAGUGACAGGUAUAUUUUUGCAUCUAAUUUGUAUGAUUCUGACUGCAUGAAUGAAACAGAGUGGACAAUUUAUCAAGACUGGCAUGACUGGAUGCAUAACCAAUUUGGCCAAAGCCUUGAACUGGAUGGAAUCAUUUAUCUCCGAGCCACUCCAAAGACAUGCCUGAAGAGAAUAUAUUUACGGGGAAGAAAUGAAGAACAAGGCAUUCCUCUGGAAUAUUUAGAGAAGCUUCACUAUAAGCACGAAAGCUGGUUACUGAGUAGAACACUGAAAACCAACUUUGAUUAUUUACAAGAGGUACCUACCUUAACACUGGAUGUUAAUGAAGACUUUAAAGACAAACAUGAAAGUCUGGUUGAAAAGGUCAAAGAAUUUUUGAGCACUUUGUGAUCUUGCUGAAGACUACAGGCAACCAAAUGUUUCCA